GGUAAAUUAAAUUGCAGAGGCAAUUAAAACUCUUGUUCAAAAGAUCAACCACUUAGGAUUCAUCGCCGGAGAUUCGAACAUGGACGGAGUUGUUCUUACAUCGGUUCCAUAUGUAAUAUGUGGUCUCUCUCUGCGCAGUGUCUGUCUGAACAGAGUUAAUGCUGGAUCCAGAUACCAUUCUCCGAAUACAGUUUCAGUGCUUCGAACUGUGAAUUGCGUUUCGUCUCUCUCAAUUCACCCUCCUCAAAAAGGCAGUUCCUUCCUUCGAAAGCGAAAUUGUGUUGCAACUUCUCGCAUUGUGGUGAAAGCAGCCGCAGCUUCUUCAGUUGGAAAUGCAGAUGAGAACGUGGAAGAACCGGCUACAAGUGUGAAGUUUCAGAGAUCAGUGGCAUUACCUGGUUGUUCUACAACGCUCUCCUUGCUCGGCACUGGGUUUAGGGAGAAGAAGUUUGCCAUCAUCAGUGUCAAAGUCUAUGCUGCUGGUUUAUACGUGAAUGAAUCUAUCUUGACCGGGUUAACCACUUGGAAAGGGAGGUCUGCUGAUGAGAUUCAGAGAGAUUCAUCACUGUUUAACUCCAUUUUUCAAGAUCAAGCAGAGAAGUCAUUACAGAUUGUUCUUGUGAGAGAUGUUGAUGGCAAAACCUUCUGGGAUGCAUUGGACGAAGCCAUUUCGCCUAGACUCAAAUCUCCUUCUCCUGAUGAUAAAACCGCCCUCUCUACGUUCCAAGGGAUCUUCCAAAACAGACCUCUCAACAAAGGAAGUGUCAUUCUCUUGACUUGGACCAGUCCUUCUAAAAUGCUUGUUUCUGUUUCGUCUGGAGGGUUGCCAAAGGAUGUGGAUGCAGCGGUUGAGUCAGGUAGUGUUACAUCUGUUCUGUUUGAUGUGUUCUUUGGGGACUCUCCAGUUUCUCCUACAUUGAAAUCCUCACUGGCUAACCAAUUAGCUAUGGUCCUCAAGUAAAACUGUAAAUGUAACAUAUCAUUUUGUAAUAUGAAUAUUUUGGAACUUGUGAUGUGUUAAGACAUCAUGUUUGAGCUUAGACUUAAUACUGGAGUUCCUAAUAUUGGAAAUUAAAAAAGAAUGAUUGUGACAGA